AUGUCGACCACCACCUCGACGCCCGGCAUUGGACUCGGAUCCUUGCCCAUCAGCUGCCCGAAAGAACUGCCCAAGGAUGAUUUAUUGCGCUUUCCAGCCUUUCGAGCUUGGUUUGACACCUUGCAGCACUCCUUGAGCCAGCAGCAACAGCCAUCUCACGAGUUCCACAAGGACCCCUAUGUUCUCCGUGGAAUCGAGGUCCAGGCUGUGGACUUCUUUGGCGGAGGGCGACUAGGCUUUGUGAAAUUAAAGGCCGACGUCUCCAACGCCGGUGGGGAGCGCCUCCCCGGCAGCGUUUUUCUACGGGGCGGCAGUGUUGGCAUGCUGCUUCUCCUUCAGCCGAAUGAUGUUCCCCCCACAUCAGAAGACGACAAAUGGGCGGUUCUAACCGUACAACCCCGCAUUCCCGCCGGCUCGCUUGCGUUCUCCGAGAUCCCCGCCGGUAUGCUUGAUGACAGCGGUGCCUUUGCAGGAAAAGCGGCGGAAGAGAUCCAGGAAGAAACAGGGUUGACUAUUCCACAGAACGAGCUGAUAGAUAUGACAUCUCUGGCGUUAGAGUCAUCGAAUGAAGCGGCAGACGGCGAAAUUCUACAGAAAGGAGUGUACCCGUCGCCUGGCGGGAGUGACGAGUUUAUACCUUUAUUCCUGUGCAACAAGCGAUUGCCACGCAAAGAUAUCGAGGCAUUACAAGGAAAAUUGACUGGUCUGCGAGAGCAUGGGGAGAAGAUCACUUUGAAAGUGGUGCCGUUGAAGGAUAUCUGGAAAGAGGGCAUACGAGACGGAAAAACUCUUGCGGCAUGGGCACUAUACACGGGGCUCAAGAGAGACAAUAAAGUCUAA